CCUGUCCGGUAACGUAUUAUGGGAAGACAAAACAAAAACUACUUUGCACAUGUAUAAACAUACAUGUAUCAAGUGCGUUAUUCCCGUCAUACUUCCAGUUUCGAAUUUGCUGUUAACACAUCUGGAUAUCUUCAGUACGUGGGUGAUAAUAUCACAUAUGAUAAUAUCACAUACUCUAGGAAUAUUAAUGAAGGACAGUGAAAGAUCAAGAACUCACCUUUAUCUUUAAGAUGGAAUGCUACAGUGAGCACGAGAUUGUCCCACACGUGUUGGAUGCACCACCGCCCGCCAUCUUGAAAGUGGAAUGGAACGAUGACGUCAAAUGCAUGCUUGGUAAUGAACUUACUCCAACCCAAGUACAAAAGCAACCGUCGGUUUUGGAAUGGGAGACGGAGGAGGACGCCCUCUAUACCAUUCUCUUCACAGAUCCCGAUUCGCCUACUCGAACCGAUCCGAACCGAGUCGAGGUCGUUCAUUGGCUGGUUUUCAAUAUACCUGGUUGUGACGUCAGCAAGGGACUUGUCCACGCUGCUUACAUUGAAUCAGGUCCCAGGGAGGGAUCAGGAUUCCAUAGGUACGUUUACCUCGUCUACAAGCAGUCUCAACCCAUCACCCCUAAUGAUUCCUACCGCCCCCGUAGCCCUGAGAGACGCAAGCCCUGGAACACGAGAAAAUUCGUCGAGGAGUACGGCCUAGGGGCGCCCAUCGCGGGCAACUUUUACAUUGCUCAGUUUGACAAUUAUGUGACCCAGUUCAGAGCGGAGAUGAUGGCUGCUGGAUCAAAGUAAAGCGUGUUCUCUCAAAAUGUUUGUGUACAACAUUUUGAAGGGUCAUGUACUUUGACAAGUUUUCUUGAAAAGUCUGAAGUUGACGAAAUCAUAAUUUUGUAGACUUCCAUAGAAAGAGUUCGGCAGAAGGACUGUGUUGUUUUGGAUGUGUGUUGUGGGGGGGGGGGGGUGGGCAUUAUCAAGACGACUGCUUGUAACACUCAAAGGCAGAGUAUUCUACUGACACUAUAUCAGAUUUAAAUAUACUGCCAUCUGUUGCUCACAUUGUCUGCUGUGUCCACAAUGCCUCACCAAUGGCAUGACGCAUGGGUACAGGAAUCAGAAAUCACUCUAUGUACG